AGGAAGGAGACGCUGAGAGAGAGAGAAGGAAGGAGACGCUGAGAGAGGAAGGAGGAGACGCUGAGAGAGGGAGAAGGAGACGUUGGGUCAGAGCAGGUAGGUGCACUUUCAAUGCAGCUACGUUUCCAUCUCCCUCUCCUAACUUCGAAAUGGAUAGCCGUUGCCUGUAACUUGAAAAACACCUAAUUCUCCUUUUACAUUUCUUGCAAUCUUACCUGAUAGAAAGUUCCAGGUUGAGAUUUUGUUACCUGUAGCAUUUCUCCCCCAAACACAAACUGUAAGAAAGUCACCUGUAAAUUUCUUACAUUUUACAGAAGUUACAGGCAUCCAAACGGCCCCUUUUGAUGGCUGCGAUUCCAAGGAUUUCAAAUCUGUUCCCAAACACCAAAACUUCUUCCUCAUCGUCUCUUGUUCUCCUCUUCAGCCGGAGCUUCUCUCUGUGGUCGAUGAAAAAGGAUCCCGCUCUUGAAUCCGCGCUCUCUCGUAACCGCCGUUGGAUCGUCAACAACCAGCUGAAGAACAUUAUCCUUCGAUGCCCCGACCAGAUUGCUCCCGUCCGAUUCAUCCAGAAGAAAUUCAAGACCCUUGAUCUCCAAGGCAAGGCCCUCAACUGGUUUAAAAAAUACCCAUGCUGCUUUGAAACCUACCUUAAGGAUGAUGAAUAUUACUGUAAAUUGACGAAACGAAUGAUGUCUUUGGUAGAAGAAGAAGAGAAUGUAAAAUAUGGGAUGGAGUCUAUCUUGGUAGAUAAAUUAGCAAAGUUAUUGAUGAUGAGCUCUAAUCGGAGGCUCAAUGUUAUCAAAUUCAAUGAAUUGAAACGCAAUUUUGGCUUUCCUGACGACUAUCUCGUAUGGAUUCUGCCAAAAUAUCCUGAGAUGUUUCGGAUCGUCAAUCGGGGCAGCGGGAGACGGAGCAUGAUGGAGAUCGAGCUUGUUUCAUGGCAACCUCAUUUAGCCACUUCCUCAAUUGAAAUCUUAGCCCAUGAGAAGAACACUGAGCCACAUUUUGAGUGUUGCUUACCUUUGAGCUGGACGAAGUCACAGGAGCGGUUUCUUGAAUUUAACAAGGCGCCAUACAUUUCACCGUAUUCAGAUGCAAGGGGUUUAGAGGAGGGGUCGAUGGAGAUGGAGAAGCGGGUGAUUGGUGUGGUGCAUGAAUUGCUUUCACUAACGUUGUGGAAGAAGGCGUCGAUCAUAAAAUUGGGGCAUUUUAGAAGGGAAUUUGGUUUCCCAGAGAAAUUGAAUGUGUUGCUACUUCGGCAUCCGGGCAUUUUCUAUGUUUCAAACAAGUAUCAGAUAUACACGGUUGUUCUUCGAGAAGGGUAUUGUGGAUCGGAGUUGAUUGAUAAGGAUCCACUUGUAGUUGUGAAGGAUAAGUUUGGGGAGCUGAUGCAAGAGGGGCUUCAUGAAUAUAACCGGAGAAGGCAUGUGGUGAAUUUAGAGAAGAAGAAGAAGAGAGGUUUGGUGGUGAUGAAGUUGGAGAGAAAGAAUGGAAGAACAAUCAGUGAAAUGUCUGAACAUGAUGAUGAUGGUGAGGAGCGAGGAGAAAUUUAUAAUCCGGAGGAAAGGAAGAGGUUUUAUAGAUCUCUCUUUGAUGAGAGUGACCCAUAAGAUCAAAAGAGGUAACCUUUGCAUAUACCAUGUUUCUUUGUUCGUUUGGCUACAAGAUUAUUGCUUAGAAAUGAUCUAGCUAUAUCUUCAAUGGGGUAAUCGCUUUUGGUUGA